AUGGAAGAAGAUGAAGAUGAAACGGACUCAUCCACAGAUGACGAGGAAGAGGAAAGAGAUAGUAAUCGAGUGUUAAAGGAUAUCAUGUCUAGUGAAGUAGAUAUUUCAUUGGAAGAACAAGAGCAGCGUGGGAGUGAAAAAGAUAGCGAAGAGUCUUCUUCUUCUGACGAAUCUAUUACUGGAGAGUACAUGUGA